CGGCCACCAUUUGCUCAGUUUAGCGUGCGCAUGACACUCUCACCACCAUGAAUGGCCACAAUAAUGUGCCUGCCCAGCCGGAUACAUCGGCUGGGGGCUCGGGUCAGUCUUCUGGAGCAUCGGGCGCCCAAGGUGGGGCGCACAGGCUGAGUUGUCUGCCAUGUCGACGAAGGAAGAGCAAGUGUGAUCGGAGCCUACCAUGCAGCUCAUGCGUCCUUCGUAACACUGAACGCUUCUGCUACUCAUCCGAUGUCGACGACGAUGCCGACGUUCCGACGCAUAUAAAGCCCUCUGAGAAGGCAUCUUUCAAGGCGUCCUCUGCCUCGCUGUCGUCCAGCUCCUCUUCCUCCUAUGCGACUCUUGCUGGUGGCGGCAACGGGAGCGGGCCUCGUCGACAACCGAGCCUGGGAGAGAGACCGGUGAAGCAACGAAAAACGACGCACCGUGACUCGGAUGCAGGAGAUGCCCGUGAGACUGAAGUCUCUGGAUUUUCCGGUGACGCUCAGGCCAUUGCCGGCGCUAUCGCAAGCGUACGGGCAACUUUACGAGGUCUGGAGGAGCAAUUGACGGGAGCUCCGGUAUCGAGUGACGAUGCGCGCUCAAUCAGAACCAAAGUAUCCUGGAACGACUUGGUAGCUGAUCUACCCUCCAGAACCGAUUGUGACACCAUCAUCGACUGUUUUCAGACUCAACUCUUUUGGCACUGUGGCUAUCUUCAUCGACCCUGGUUUGAAAAACGCUGGACAGAAUUUCGUUCCGGGAGGGCGAUGGACCGCACCGUGAUAGGCAUCAUCUGCAUGUCGAUGGCGCUGAGCAUACUCUUGACACCCAGCGCACAUCCAGCCGCACGACUACCUAAUCAGAAAGAUAGAGAUUAUCGACGAUAUGUCGAGACCGCGUUCAAGGUCGUCGACGAGUCCAGAGGUCCCUUUGAUCUCGUUCCUGAGACGGUGGAAAUGAUCCAAUUCUACGCCAUGGCAGUCAACUUUUUCGCCUACGGUGGCUUUCCCGAGCUUUCCUUUCAGGUCGUCGGCCAAGCUAUAAGAUUGGGAAAGGCACUCCAAAUCUUUGACGAGGAGGGUUGGGAGCGGGAAAAGCUUUCACCUCUGGACAUCGAGAUACGGCGAAGACUUGCGUGGGAGAUCACCUAUUCGGAUCGAUGGAUCUCUAUGCACUUCAUGCGUGAUGCAGACCUGCAUAACAUCAUCAAGACGAAGCCGCCGAUCUACUACACCGACGAGUCUUACGACUUGACGACUGGCCAGCUCGUCGCUGAGCCUCAUGUCAAUGCGAUACAAGCCGACUUUUGCCACGGCAAGAUGUUGCUGCACAUCGCCGUCCGUGACUCCUAUCUUUUCACAGUCAAUUUCAAGUCGAUGACGAAGCCACAGCGGUAUGCUGAGGCAAGGCGCAUCGACAACUAUAUUAGCUACGUGGAGAAGGAGGGUUUUACCGCUCGUCUUCGCUUCGACAACCUCCCGAAACUUCACACCAAUGACUCUCCCGAUCGGCUGAUAUCUGCGGCGCAGAGCCUCAUUGGCGUCGGCGCAGCAAGACGACUUCGUUCUGGUGUAAUGCGCCAGUUCUUGCGUGACCCUGAUGCGCCAUCCGAUCUUCGCUAUGGUGCACUCCCUCACGCCCGCAAGAUUAUCGAAGCCAUUCCUGUCCUUGUCACGCUUUCGACCUGUCCCUACAUUGCCUUCUUUUCGACCUGGAUGUCGACGAUGCUCUUCCACGCCGCAAGCACCUUUUCCAUUGUCUACCUCACGGGUGACGACGCCGACAGUAAUGGUCCAGAGAUGCCCGAAGAAAACCUGAAUUGGUUUGCCAACAACAUCUUCGAAGUCAUUGAAGCCCUCUCGCUUGUCUCGGAAAAGGACCGGAUCGCCAAGCAGUGCGAAGGGCUGCUCUUGGCCCUUUGUACGAGCCGAGACAAGCUGAGAGAACGAUUUGCAAGCAGGCGCUUGCUUGUCCAGCGCUGGAACUCGGGUCAGGGUGCGGGCAGAGGAUACAACACGGGAAUGCUUUGGAGCGGUACAAGGAUCGAGCCCAAUAGCUCCCUAGAGCAAGUUUGGGAUUCUCUUCCUUCCACCACAACCACCAACAUCUCCUCAAAGUCAGUCGAAUCCUUUUCUUCGCCCAGUCAGAACAAACCAGCCUCAUCGGCAUCGUCUCUGAGCGGCCAGGUCCUCAGCGGCGCUUCUAAAAAUGCUUUCCCUGGUGUCUCAUGGACUCCGCCGCCGGGCGGCAGCAAUGGUAAUCAAGCGAAAAGCACAGCUCGGCACUCGCCUUCGGUCAGCUUUAGCGACGAGGGCAGUGGCCUCUUCGGAACGGGCACCAAUACGACGUCUCCCGUAUCGGUUGCUCACCCAAAUUCCACAACUCCUCCUACCACGACGGCCAAUCCUGCUCCAGGGGGUUCCGCGACCGCCCACGAAACACCUUCAUCUUCCGAACAUAUGUCCACUCCUUCGGAUGGCUUCACGUCCGUCGCCGGAGCUUCAUGGCCCUUGCUCGAUGAGACACAAUGGGCUGAUUUGCUGUCACAGCUCGACAACGAUCUCGACACGUUCGCUGGUCAGGGCAUCAACCCUCCUGUCGUCUCUUCAACGACUUAGUACCUUUCUCCGGGCGCGCAACAUCGGGCCCACCUCUUCCUCUUCUGUCUCCUGUUUUGCACUCUGCAUUUUGCCCUAGUGAGCAGAUGGCAUGUACCUCUCUCUCUUGCUUGUUGUAAAUCACCCUUCACACUCCUGAUAAUGACCAUGAAAGCGCAAAUUCAAGUGCUGCUCGUCAUGCCCCAAAUGCGCACUGUGCCAUCUCUCUCGUCGCCAGCGUAGGCGAGGUAAAAGCGACUAGGAUGCCAAGCCAGGCAAUUGACCGCCGCCUUUGUCGGUAUUUUGAACACGCCCGCUCCUCCGCCGCCUGCUGUCUGCGCUGCGAGUGCACCAGAGGUGGCGGCCUCGAGAACCUGAGGACAGGUGGGAGAGACUGCGAGGAAGCUGUCUUCGCCACCUGAGGCAAGAAACUCGCCAUCGUGGGAGAAGGAGAGAGAUCGGGGCGGGUACGAGAGGUGGCCCGACAUGUGGACAUUGAACCA